CCAAACAGCUGAUAUACAAAUAUUGAAUAUUAUCGUUUGACAUAAUAUCCUAUAACCUAAAAUACAUUCUGAUCAAGUUUUUAAUCUAAUAAUUUUCCUUAAUGUCGCUCUUGUAUAAAAUAAGUUCAGUGACGCUUACACGCUCGCCAAAGCCACAUUUUUUGGCCCGAUUAACAAGCAGCAUACACAAAACACAUGCAGUGCGCGAGUUAUGUACAAAUAAGACGUCGAGCGACGAACCAAGUGCAAAUGCAGAAGCAACUGCAACCAAUACAAUUGUUAAAAGUGGCUUCGCCCUGGCGUUUGACAAACACACAGAAGCGACUACCAAUAAGCCAGAAGAAGUUCCUGAUACAGAAACAUUCGCGUCAUUGCUGCGAAAAUCAAAAUUCAUUGAUCUAGGCGAUCCUGAAGGCAAGGUUGUGAGUGGCAAAAUUUUUCACGUAGUUGGUGAUGAUUUAUAUAUUGAUUUUGGUUGGAAAUUUCAUUGUGUAUGCACGAGACCAGUGCGCGGUGGAGAAGACUACGUACGUGGUGCGCGUGUAAGACUACGCAUCAAAGAUUUAGAGUUGUCAACGAAAUUUUUGGGUUCGGAAAAGGAUUUGACUAUUUUAGAAGCUGAUUGUCACUUACUUGGUUUGAUAUCAUCGCCUGCCAGACAGAGUACAAAAAUAUUGAAUACAAAUUAAGUAGCAUUUAUUUACAUAAACCUUACCUUAUUCUUACAUAGUUUUUCAGCUAAAAUACAAAAACAGCACGUUAAUAUACCUAAAUAUGCUAUAAACUAUCAACUACAUAUUUCUUUACAUUCAAAUACUUCGUAGUGAUGAUUUAAUUCCUUGACGGAGUGCAACUUCAGUCGACUUACCAGUGCACCGUUUUUAGAACGUUUUUGGAAAUACACCCUUCGGACUCGACUGUGUACGAGCGCCAUUGCACACAUCAGGCAUGGCUCCUGACUUAAAAACAUCUCAUACCCAGUGCAUAAAUAUGGACCAUAUUUUUCCAAGUUACCUACACUACUUAGUGCAGUUUGAUCCGCCGAUUCAAUCAUUGUUUUUGAUCUAGGUGGUUCUGCACCAAUUUUUAUGUCUUCGAAUCGUUUAUCUGCCCUUAUAAAAUGUAAAUAAUGGCUAGGAAUUCCACUCAUACUGGGAUUUAUUUUGUUUUUGUUAAAUAAAUUUUCAUCAACAUUUUGAAA